AAACUUUUCUCAUUCUGUACGUUUAUGUCUCGUGUCUAGAUGUGGUGAAGCGGCUCUGCUUUAUACCGCAUAUUUAUUUUAAGCAAGACCUACAAAAUGUUCUGCGAAGCAGCCACAGAGCAGCUAGAGUCCGACAAACAGGCCGUCCCUAUCACUGGCCAGCCGAAUCUCCCUCUCGAGGGAGACGAGUCCGUCGCCGGGCGGUCUAACCGCUCGGACGAGUUGGAUGCAGCCGAAGAGAACGGCCUGAAAGAGGGCGAACGACCCUCUCUGCGCAGACUGCUACAAUCAGCAAUUGGAAUGGAUCUCGCCUCUAUUUCUAUACCCAUCACCUACAACGAGCCCCUGACUUUUUUACAACGCGUACUCGAGCAUCUUCAAUACCAUGAGUUACUAGAAAGGGCCAAUGAACACGAAGACCCCCUCGUGCGCCUGCUCUAUGUGACAGUCUUUGCCAUAUCCUGCUUCGCGAACACUGAUCGAAAGUUCAAGCCCUUCAAUCCACUGUUAGGAGAGACGUUCCAGUACACGAAUGAAAAGGAGAAUAUUCGUUUUUUUUCAGAACAAGUUUCUCAUCAUCCUCCUAUCACGGCUUCCUACUGUGAAGGAAACGGGUGGCGCUUCUCCCAAUCCCAGAAUGUCAAGACGAAAUUUUUAGGCAACUCUCUUGACGUAUCGCCGAAUGGAAAUACGCAUGUCUUCUUAGACAAAUUUCGAGAACACUACUCAUGGCCUAACAUUCAUACUAUCGUCCACAAUCUGAUUGUUGGCCGCAUGUGGAUAGACCACUUUGGCACCUGCAAGAUCACUGUGCAAGACUGUGACACUGGAAACAUUUCGAGUCGAUAUAGCCAAAUAACCUAUCAAGAAUGCGGCUGGUUCGGACGCCACUGGCGCGAAGUGAACGGACAGGUGUUUGAUAACUCGACAGCCUAUUUGGUUAUUGACGGGAAGUGGAAUUCCGAGUUGACGGUUACUGUCACGGCAUCGUGGCCUCGAUCGACCGAGAACGAAGGCCUAUUUGGCUCAACUCCGAAGACCAUUUGGAAGCAUACGCCUGAAUUAUGCACAGACCCAAAAUAUGCCAAAUACGAGUGGACGAAGAAUACACUCAGAGCAAUUGAACUGGAUGACCAAAUUCGACAGAAUGUUUUGUUGACUGAUUCCAGGCUGCGAGAGGACCGGCUGAUGCUUCAAGAGGGCGACGUCUCUAGAGCAGCUGUGGCGAAGCAUGAACUCGAAGAGGCACAGAGAACCCGCAAAAAUUACAGAGCUCAGAACGAUAUCCAGUGGAGUCCAAGACAUUUUGUCCUCGCAGCAAAUUCUGAAGACGAGUGCGCUCGGAGAUUUUUUGACAAAAAUGAUUGGGUUUUUAAGGGAUGGUCGCAACGAAGAGAUCAAGACAGCUCACAAGAUUCUCAUCGACCUCAUAAGAUAAUAUCAGAUGAAGACGCGAGUAUGCUGUGGCGACUUUCGAAAGAUUGGUAGAGAAAAAAAUAAUGAAACUCGGUUGUUUUACGCAUUAAAAAAAA